CCCACGACCGGCGACCUAACGGUGGGGGACAUGAGCCCUGAUUACCAGGGCGACCGCCGGGCUGAGAACUCCCCGGCGCUUCGGUCGGCCAUGAAGGGCCCCGCGCAGAGCCCAGCGUCCCGUAACCAUGUCGACCCCUGGACAUUAUCCGCGCGGGCUUGGCCCGACGCACCACGCUGAAGAAUCAGCACCAGAAGGGCCAACGCUCGGAACAACAGCGGCCCAGUGGCCCGCAGCGCUCAGUCACGCUCAAGUGCCUGGCCGCGUGGGACAGGACGAUAGCGGUGAUGAGGAUGGUAAUUAUGGCAGCGGUGCCGGCCAGAGCAGCGGCCGCAUGCGUUUGAACCCUGGCCACUUGCGCGGAAACUCUGCCUCGUUGCAUUCGGCUAGCGCGCAGAUUGCCUCCAGCGAGAUUAUUGCGCCAGUAGUGCAACGGUCCAACACAGACGGCACCUUCCAAAACCUCGAAAUUGACUAUUCGAUGAGCGGAGGACCGCUGUCUCAGUAUCAGCAGCAGCAGAAGCAACAGGGUAUGCACGGUCACUCGAUGGCCGGGCCUUUGGGCCAUGAGGACGGUGUGACGCGGGGGAUGGCAGCAAUGAGCGUGCAGAAUACGCACAUGCCCUAUCCGUCGUCGCAGACUGGCCAUAUCCAGACGUACGCGUCGUCAUCGGAGGCCAACACGCCAUCAGCAUUGUCACCGAUGAGUGCCGACGGCAGCGGGGCGGCCGGCUACGGGUCCAUAUCCAAUAUUAGCGCGGGCGGGUUGCGGCGAGCGCCGACGAAGAAGGACGCUAUGAAGGUCAAGGUGCACUACGGAUCUGAGAUCAUCAACCUCAUGGUUCCCAAGCACGCGUCAUUUGAUGUGCUACGUAACAAGAUUGACGCAAAGAUCGCUAGUGCGACUACGGGAGUCGUAGGGUCGCUGCGUAUCCGGUAUAUGGACGAGGAUGGCGAAGCUGUGCUGAUGACUGAUGAUGAUGAUUUCGAACUCGCAAAGGCGUAUGCUGGAGGUGAUAUGACCUCGGCGCAAACCAAUGUUGUUGAGCGGAUAGAACUGUGGUGCUCGAUGGCAUAAUGCAAAUGUGCAUUUAAUUAUAGUGAAUUUUUUUGUCUUUUUUUUUUUUAAAAAAAAUCAUUUCACAGAAUAAAAAGAAAGGG